AAUCCCUUCACGCUCCACUUUGAGAAGGAACGACUCACCUUUAUUACUUGCGCACUGCACCGAUCCCCACCUUUCGUUCACGCCGAACUCAAUCAGGACCCCUCGUUUUGCGCAGAAAGUUUGCGCUGCAUGCUUCCACCUCUGCGACGGUUACUGAAAGCUUUUCUGCAGCUUUCAAUUCUCAUCUCAGCUAUUAUCGUAGUUCCGAGAUCCUGGAAACCAUCAACAAGUUCAAUGUCACCCUCACAAUCACCUGACGAAGUCGCCUCUGCGCUACUCGCAAAGAACGGCCUCGAAUUGGUGUCUGUAUCACUGCUGCAGUCUCUUUGGGCUGGAUAUGGACAGAUAUGUCGCCUGACUGCAGCUGAGGCCCAGGCAGUCUCUACCAGCACGUCUCCAAGGAUGCACUCCUUGAUUCUCAAAUUGAUCACACCACCGCCCACGAGAGCUCGGGAUGAAGGCCACACCAGGAAGAUCUUGAGUUACCAAGUCGAGCAAUACUUCUACAGUCAUCUGGCGCCUCAGCUACCUGCUUCUGUACAUGUUGCAAGGUGUCUGGCGAGCAUCAAUGAGCCCCACUCACAUGGAACCUCCACCACGGCCAUGAUUCUCAACGACCUGAAGCAAGACUUCCCCGUGGCUGGCGAGAAGCGAGGCGCACUGUCGCCAACUCAAGUUAAUGCUGCACUGGACUGGCUCUCUGGAUUCCAUGGUUUCUGGUGGUCCCAAGCGAAAGGCUUUGAUCGCGCACAGUUAGUACUGCCACCUUUAGAGGAGGUCACACACGACAGUGAGGGUGCGGCAGAGAAGUCUGUCUGGCUGAACGGGGGCUACACCUACCUUGCCACUAGACGCAGCGAAUACAACGGUCUGGUGAAUGACGACGAUUCAGAGUGGACGGAGCCGUUGGCAGUACCAUUGAAAGGCCAAACGCAGUCGCUCUCAGAACUGGUUGCUGCGUUCCUGGCCCCAUCAAGAUCCGGUCAAAGUCCCAUCGAAGACUAUCAAACACUGAUCCACGGCGACGUGAAAUCAGAAAACCUUUUCACCAGCCAGUCUGGAGAGCAAGUGGUUUUCUACGACUUCCAGUACACCGGCCUUGGUCUCGGAGUCUGCGAUCUAGCUAAGCUAUUCACUUGUUCCGUGCCACUAAGCAUGUUAGUUACCGACAACAACAUCCCAGAUGUCUUAGAAAUGCAAGGGGGCGAAAGAAAGCUAUUGCAAAGAUACUGGUUGGGGCUGAAGCAUACGAGCAACAAAGAGUAUGACUGGGAGACAUUCAUCCAGCACUGGGAGACUGCGCUCGUCGACUGGCUGCGGUUUCAAGCGAGUUGGGGCUUUUGGGGCAACACUGAAUGGUUGGAGGCGCGUGUCAGAGGUAUUCUGCAGGAUCGACAGUGGCGAGACACACUGUUGAAGUCAGUGGGUACGAAAUAGUAUAAGGAAGACGCGGUGGGUCAAGCGAAUACCAUCGGCUGAUGCGCCCCACCUACCCCUCACUUCAAAGCUCACUGGCAUGUUUCACACUUUGAGAUCGUAAUACACGAAGGAGUAUGGCAG